GUUAUACUUUUUUGACUUUUUGAAAACUAUAGGAUAUGGCUACUUUUGGGAAAACUCCAAACAAGUUAUCUAGUCCAAUUUAUUUCAAAUCAAUAGAAAGAAAGUCAAGUCAACUGUUUGAUCUUGCCACACAACGAAUAUCCAGUUGGGACACCAAAAAUGAGUCAACUGUAUCAGAGACGGAUGAAGACUUCGAGCCUCAUCUAGUGAAGCAGAUAUCUUUUUUGGAAGGAUAUAAAAGUGUUGAGAAAAGUGGUCUUGGUUUACUUUCCCAAAGUGGGUUGACUUGUGAACAACUGCUCGAACAAUUAUUGCACAAUCGGUUUCUAGUCCAUUCCUAUGAAGGACCCCAUAAGGAACUUUCCUUGUGGUUGACUCACCUCAACUUUCAUAGCUAUUCAAAAUGGAACAAGUGUCUCUUAUUGGCCAUUGCUUAUAUUUGGUAUCAUAACAAUGACGAAGAAGGUGAAGAAAAGAUGAACUGCAUAAUGAAUAUUUGUCAACUUGGUUUGCAAGAGAAUAUCCAAUCAUUUCCCAUUCAUAGUCAUGAAAAUAUACAAAUAGAUGCUCAUCUCUUUCAUAUGAUAUAUAAUAUGGAUUUUGAUGCUUGGGAAGAGUACUGUGAAAGCAUUCAAGAUACUCUAUUGAAAAUGAUACAGUCACUCCUCUCUGAAUAUCCAAGAAUGAAGAAGAAUCAUGUCAAUCCAGAAGAAGGUUGCUCGUUAUCAUUAUCUAUUUGGAUGAUCACCUUUAUUUCCUUUUUUUAUAUUUCUUUGGUUACUUGUUCCAAAACACAUAGAACCAACAAAUAUGGUAUAGAAAUGAUACAAUGGCUAUCUAAAGCUAACAACUUGUGCUUUCCAGAAUUUGUAAAGGACCUGAUAUCUCUUUGUGUAGCUACUCUGUUGGAUAAGCUUUCCUGUCUUAAUACAACAGCUGAUAGCAAUGACCAUCGAAUAGCUCUCAACCAUUUCGUACAACAGUCGAGUACAAUCUGGUUAUUGCAAAACAUAAUACAAUAUACAAGUGUGGCGGAGCAACAACGAAAGAGAGCAAUUUGCAUUGCUUGUUUGAGAGUUUUGGUCAAUCUUUCAAGCAAUAAUCAAGAACUGUGCAGGACAUUGGUCCAUCAACAAGCAUUACCUCUUCUCAUCCGAUUGCUUCACAACGAGAGUUUUCCUCAUAGAACCGAUUUUGACUUGAGAGUUACUUGUUUGGUACUGAUAAUCAAUAUUCUCAUUUCUUAUCCAUCUUGUGCUACGCUGUUUUUACAUAUCACUGCCGUUCAUCGAUUUUCAUCUGAUCCAUCAACUACGAAGCAUUAUAGUGAGCCUGCUAUUUUUCAAAUUCUUUUAAAGUAUAUACGAUUGAUUCCUUCAUCCAAUGAGUCGAAUACGAAUCCUAUGAUGGUAGAACAUCAAACUACGGUGGCUUAUGCAUCCAUUUUAUUGGCAUGUUUGAUCAACGGUGAACGUCGUUGGAUAACAGUAAGUGACAAGUAAUAAGACAGUGAAUCAUCUCUCUU